AUGGCGACGCCGACCACCGGCAACAGCGCCUCCGCCCCGCCACACACCAUCGUCCCAGCGCCGAUUGCCACAAACGAUCAGCACGUCUGCUUCAUCUGCCUACAAAACGACACCGACACCCCGAAUGCGACGUGGGUGAACCCCUGCCCGUGCAGCCUUGAGGCGCACGAGGGGUGUCUUCUGCGUUGGAUCGCCGAGAUGGAGGCAUCAUCGUCCAACCGGCCAUCAAGGUCCGGGCUCAAAUGCCCUGCCUGCAAGGCGCCCAUCACGGUCGAGGAGCCGUUCGACGCCCUUCUUGCCAUCCGCGACCGCCUGUACCGCCGCUACAGCCGCGCGGCGCCUUACAUACUGCUGGUGCUUGUCUCCGGGGGCACCCUCGCCGGCGCAACCUGGUACGGCUGCGGCGCGGCCAGCAUCUUUGCCGGUACCGAUGCGGUCGAGUGGUGGAUGGACCGCUCGCACGGGCGUGCGCGGUUACCGAUCCUGGUGGGGAAGUUCUGGGCGCUGUCGACCAUUGGGCCUGGGCUGAUCAUUAUGCGGUGGCUGCCGUGGCUAGGCAGCAUUGUUCUUGUGCCCAUCUCUGCCCUGUACGGCGCAUUUCUCGUCGCGCAUGAAGACCUGCCCCAAUGGCCGCCAUCGCCAGAGUGGGCCAUGGCCCUCAUGCCUUACGUGCAUCUUGGGUACACGUUUCUUUACUACGACCUCUUUGGGCCGCUGGAGAGGCGACUGAACCGGGCACUCCGCGGCCGGCCACCCACUGACGAGGCCGGCGCCGGAGAGGAAGCGGCAGUCCAAGCGGCGGCAGCCCCGCCCGCUGAAGGACGUAACGGGAACCGGGCCAAUGGGAUAUGGGGAACCGUGGUAAACCUCGGCCGCGCCGCGCUGGGUCUCGUUCUCGACUGGCGCGUAGAGGUUGAGAUCGAAGAGGAGGUGGAGUUCAGGAUAGGGCCUGCGGACGACAACGAAGAUGGACACGCUCACGAUGAAGACGAUGAGGAGGAGGAAUUCCAAAUCCUUGCCGGCGACGCACCAGCUGAGCCUGCCCAACUACCUCCUCCGCCUCCACCACCACCGGCUCAACCCCCAGCAGCUGCACCCGCCCAGCCACAGGCAAAUCCGAAUCCGCAGGACCACAACAACAACCAACAACAACCCAAUAAUCACAACAACAAUAACAACGACGCCCCUCCCGAAACCCCCUACCUAACUGAAAUCAUCAACAGCAUGGUGACAUCUCUCCUCUUCCCGGCCAUCUCAUACGGCAUGGGCGAGCUAAUACGCGUGGCGGCGCCCCGCGCGUGGGUGCGGCCGUGGCGCGGCCCGGGCGCGCCGACGGGCCUGCUGCAGGAGCGUUGGGGCCGCAGCCUGGUCGGCGGAUGCCUGUUUGUCGUGCUCCGCGACGCCGUGGCGCUGUAUACCAAGUACCGGCGGGUGCAGGUCAAGGCGAACCGCAAGGUCAGGAGCGUGGAGAGGAGGAGGGAUGUGCAAGAAGGGUUGCGGCGAGGGGCGGGUGCGGGUGUUGAUGGGGGGUAG